GCCAGUAGAAAAAUAAAACAACCAGCAAAUUAUAAAAUAAGUGGUUGUUUAGGAUAGCCUCCCUUUGUUUGUGAAUAGCGUUUACAAGUAGUGUACAAACUGGACAUGACGCGAACGGCAGUGAAUCAGCUGGCUGUUGACUUGGUAAAAAAGUUGUGUUGGAUUUCAAGAAACCAGUAAGGUUAUUGUUAGUUGUUUACAAAUCAAAUAGAAAUGGAAGGCGAAAUUUGUUAUUCCGAAAACUUGGAGAGAUUCCACAACCUGACGCCACAAGAGCUGUGGGAACACGUCUUAGAUGAAGAAAACAGCGAAGUCGUGAAGAAACUGCCCACGUACAUUCUGCUGGCUAUUCUAAUGCUGGUCGGGUUGCCAGGCAACGCCUUGGUGAUUCUGGUGUACGGUUUCCGGUUUCCGCCUUCGACCACCAAGAGCUUCAUCAUGGCGAUGGCGUCGUUUGAUCUGCUGAACUGCCUGCUAGGGAUGCCGUUUGAGAUGGUGGACCUGAGGAAGGAUAUAGAUCUGGAUAUCCCCGCAGCUUGUAAGGUGAUGAGGUUCCUGGUGUCCCUCAGCUCUUGUGGAUCGGUCACCGUCCUGGUGGUGGUUGCCGUUGACCGGUUCCGGCGGAUAUGCCAGCCGUUCCGGAAACAGAUGAGUGUACGUCAGAGCAAGAUCCUGGUGGGACUGAUGGUGCUCUUUUCCUUCGUCUUCUGUAGUCCAGCGCUGGUGUUGUACGGCAAGCAGACGGAUUACAGGUUGAACCAUACAGUCCACGAGUGUUCCAUAGACGACGAGUACCGGGGCUCCAUACUGGCAGCGGGGUACCAGUACCUCCUGGGUGGUACCUGGGUCGUCUGCAUCAUCGUCCUCAUCGUCAUGUACGGCUUCAUCAUCGUCAACAUCCACAACCAGAAGAAAAGACGCCGCACCCUCUCGGCGCAGUCGUACGGCAGCAUGCCUGUUUUACCACAGAUCACAAUCUGCCUCACCAACACCAACCACAAUCACAAACCUGACCCGGUCACUACUGAAGUCAUUUCGUGUUCCCGAGAUAAGGUCCUGACGUGUUCGAGAAACGGGAAUUCCACGAUUUACUCUAUCAACGACGCGGACCUUCAAGAGGAAGACUCGCAUCACAACUCCACAUCUCUUCUUGUUAAAGAUGGCGUCAAACUCUCGCGAUGUUCCGAGUUCAACAACUCCGUGAAAAGACUCUUCUCGCGAGAUGUUAAUCCCGUAUUUGACGAUGAAAAAGUAGAGACUCCUGUUGAUGAUAAGAUUGUGUAUGAUGACGAUGAUAUCAUAUCGAUCCUUGAGUGUCCAGUCAGGUCUACGUCUGUCGUGACUAAGACAAGUUUAAAUAAUUAUCUUUCCGGGUCCGUGGACACGUUCCCAGCAUCGAGAAAGGUCUCGAAAGUUUCUUAUGAUUUAGUAGACAACCAAGAGUAUGUUCCGGAAAGAUUCAGAAAAAUGGGGCAUACGUUCGGACGGUUUCGACCUUGGGAUUCUGAGGAGGCGAUGCAGCCCCGGGAGGAGGUGAGGGGGAGGGAGUGGGCGUCACACAGCACCCCCGGGAUAGACGAGUGUGGGUACAGCAGCACGGUCAGACGCGCUUCGUCAAUGCCGGUGUUGAUUGAUUACGUCACUAACACAUCACGUGAGCAGGCGCAGUCACGUGAUGACUGUAACUACGACGACUGUUCGCAAGAAGCGGAUCGCUCAUCUAUCAGAAGCCGGAACAGCCUGAAACACUCGGCGUCGGACGACUCCCUGUGUUCCAUGCCAGGCAGACCACGUGACCUGCUUAAACCAACCAAACUCCGAGCCGCCAACGUCACGUGGGACUCCAUGGAAGUUAACCCUUCAACCACCAGCAACAACUCCGCCUUGCUAACCAGCGCUAAGCUUAGCUCCUGCUCCACGACCUCCAUCAACAAACUCGGGGUGAGCAGUUCCAGAUCAGCCAGCGUGGCCACAACCUCGAACAAACGCCGGAAAUCUUGCAUCCGGCAGAUCCGAACCUCCCGCGUCACCAUCAUGAUGCUCCUCGUCACCCUCGGGUUCGUCCUCAGCUACCUCCCCCACCUCAUCGUCCAAAUCUUCUCCAACCUCGCUCCAACCUUCGUUAUGAAGAUGCUGUGUGUACGAGGGAGCUACUACAUCGCUCACCACUUCUUCAAGCGGUCGUUCUUCAUCAACAACGCCCUCAACCCCGUCAUCUAUAGCUUCUACAACAAGACCUUCCGGUCCAGGUGUAUCCGCUUCAUCAAAUCCCCCAAACAUUUACUCAGUGGCGCCACCCACAGUGUUGAAAACGGGCUUUCCCAAUCCCAAGAUAACGACACCUCGUAAACCUCUGAGGGCUGCUAAGUAGGUCACCAACCCGUUCUACGAUUCAAUAAAACCUGCAUGCGCCAAAGAACUGUUUAUUGACCUACUUACCAGCACUAUAGGUACAGCUGUAUUAAUCUACAGCUGACCCUUAUAUACUUAUAUCAUAACCUAGACUGCCUAAGUAUGAAUGAACUGAAUGCUUCUUCGGUUCUUCAUAUUCCAAACAGAAAGAUUAAAAACAAAUGUUUGGAAACAAUAAUAAUAUGGCUCCAUAGGAGACCAUUUGAUGAUUGUGCAUUGGAUAUCCAAGCA